UGAGUGACCUGAGUAAGCCCCGCGCCAAUUAUCCGUCCAAGCUCGUGGACACCCAGGUGGUUCCCAUUUUAACUAGGUUCCCCUCCGACGUCCAGAGUGCCCUUUCCAAAAGUUUCGUCAUUCACUUUCUCCCUUGUCCCCUCUUCCCCAUACAAAUCCCUCGUUGAGAAUUCACAUUCCAACAGUUACCACCAUCGACCGAGUCGAGCGUCGCAUUUCUGAGAGCUACUUAAUUAUCUCUUCAUAGAUACCACUGCGUAGCAUCAACCUGCUUGUUGCUUCAUCAUGUCUGGUCCAGUCGCCCGCCUAGCGAACAUCAACGUUGGCGGAGCUGUGAAAGAAGCUGCCUCCUUGAAACCCAAAAUCCAGAGAAAUGCUAACGAUGGUGAAAGCGCUGAUCUCGGCCUCAUUGGCCUGGCCGUCAUGGGUCAGAACCUGAUUCUCAACAUGGCCGACCAUGGUUUCACGGUCUGCGCCUUCAACCGUACUGUCUCCAAGGUCGACGCCUUCCUCGCCAACGAGGCCAAAGGCAAGUCGAUCGUCGGUGCGCACUCUACUGAGGAGUUUGUCUCCAAGUUGAAGAAGCCCCGUCGCGUCAUGCUUCUCGUCCAGGCUGGCAAGGCCGUUGACGACUGGAUCGAGACGCUCAUCCCCCUUCUCGAGCGCGGAGACAUCAUCAUUGAUGGUGGCAACUCACACUUCCCUGACUCCAACCGGAGAACGAAAUAUCUCGCGUCCAAGGGCUUCCGCUUCGUCGGCUCCGGUGUCUCCGGAGGCGAGGAGGGUGCUCGCUACGGACCGUCCAUCAUGCCCGGUGGACAGGAGGAUGCGUGGCCCUACAUCAAGGACAUCUUCCAGAGCAUCUCUGCCAAGAGCGACAAUGAGCCAUGCUGCGAAUGGGUUGGCGACGAGGGUGCCGGCCACUACGUCAAGAUGGUGCACAACGGCAUCGAGUACGGUGACAUGCAGCUCAUCUGCGAGGCGUAUGACAUCAUGAAGCGCGGCCUUGGACUCUCCAACAAGGAGAUCGGAGACGUCUUGACUAAGUGGAACAAGGGUGUCUUGGACUCGUUCUUGAUUGAGAUUACGAGGGACAUCAUGUACUUCAAUGAUGAGGAUGGCUCACCGCUUGUCGAGAAGAUCCUUGACAAGGCCGGCCAAAAGGGCACUGGCAAGUGGACCGCGGUGAACGCCCUGGACCUAGGCAUGCCCGUCACCCUCAUUGCCGAGGCUGUUCUUGCCCGCUGCUUGUCGGGCAUCAAGGAUGAGCGUGCCAAGGCCUCGACCAAGCUGGAGUUUGUGGGCCGCGCCAACACGUUCGAGGGUAACAAGGAUCAGUUCCUGGACGAUCUGGAGCAGGCUCUCUACGCAUCCAAGAUCAUCUCGUAUGCGCAGGGCUUCAUGCUCAUGCAGGAGGCGGCGAAGGAGUACAAGUGGAAGCUCAACAAGCCCUCUAUCGCUCUCAUGUGGCGCGGCGGCUGCAUCAUCCGCUCCGUCUUCCUGAAGGACAUCACGGCGGCUUACCGCAAGGAGCCCGAUCUCGAGAACCUUCUCUUUGACGAUUUCUUCAACAAGGCCAUCCACAAGGCCCAGCCAGGCUGGCGCGACGUGGUCGCCAAGUCUGCGCUGCUUGGUAUCCCGGCUCCGGCUUUCUCUACUGCGCUGUCAUGGUUCGACGGGUAUCGCACCAAGGACCUGCCCGCCAACUUGCUGCAGGCGCAGCGUGACUACUUCGGCGCCCACACGUUCAGAAUCAAGCCCGAGAACGCGAGCGCCAAGUACCCCGAAGGCAAGGACAUCCACGUCAACUGGACUGGCCGGGGAGGAAACGUGUCGGCUUCGACUUACCAGGCAUAAAAAACGGGCCAUGAUCGUGACGGAUUGACGACGACAGGAGCUAUUCGGUAGGGAUUGCCCAGCUCCAGUGGCGCUUUUCGUAGAUUAUACAUAGAGACCGCACGACCAGAGGA